AGGUAGGUACUAAUAAUUUGUGAUAAGAUAAUAUUUUUUAUGGUUAUGUGUACUUGUAGGUAAUUUUGCAUACGUAAAUUACCAAUUGAUAUGCCUACUAUGUGCUUAUUUAAAUUUUAACAAUGUAUAUUUUCUGUUGCAAAAGGAUCAGCCAAGAUGUCAAGCCAUCUGAGUAUCUGUACAACCCUGAGAUACUCACGAGGCUCGACUUCAGCCGGAGCCCAGCCACAUUUAGCCCCAAGAUAAGUGCGGCUCAACCCGGUGAGGAAUGGCUCAAAGUGCGUCCACUACAGCGCUCAGACUAUGAUAAAGGAUUUCUUCAACUUCUUGGACAGUUGACCAGUGUCGGAAAUGUCUCUAAAAAGCAGUUUGAUGAGCGCUUCACGCAGAUGAAGCAAUCGGGCGGGUACUACGUGACGGUGAUUGAAGAUACGCGCGUGGGCCGGCUCAUCGGCGCCGCCACGCUCACCGUGGAACAGAAGUUCAUUCACAACUGCUCCUUGCGCGGUCGUCUCGAAGAUGUCGUGGUGAAUGACACUUACAGAGGAAAGCAGCUAGGAAAAUUGAUCGUAGUGACGGUGUCGCUGCUGGCUCAGGAGGUGGGGUGCUACAAGAUGUCGCUGGACUGCAAGGACAAGCUCAUCAAGUUCUAUGAGACGCUCGGCUACAAGAUGGAGGCCGGCAACUCUAACGCUAUGAAUAUGAGAUUCGAAGAGCCCUCUUGACAAUUAGCCGCUGGGGCAUCCGACCUGCGUUCUAAACUAAGUGUAAAUGUUAGUAGCAGAUAGAAGGGGGAUAUUUCCGACAAGCAAGAUUCUUCCUAAACCAUACCAGUAACAUUAUCAUACAUAAAAUUAUAAACAGCAGUACUAUAUUAAUUAAGACAUAUUAUUGUAUUGUUUUUUUUUACUUCUUAAGUAAAAUAAACGGUGAAUUAU